AUGGUCCAGAUCUACCGUGCGAGCAACCUGAGAACCGUGACAGAGUGCCUGACCAGCCUCAACGUAGAUGGUGACAACAUCACCACCGAACUCGCCGCUGCUUUGCAGCAUGCCAGCAUUACCGUCCCGCCUGGUCUCGCCACGGCCACGUUCUCCGUUGGGACGCCUGUUUCUAAGGACGUGGCCAUCCCCGCAGCGCGCUGGGAGGUUCGCAACGACUGGUCGCUGUGCAGCACUAAGUGCGGCGUGGGGGUGCAGACCCGCAGGGUGCAUUGCUUUCUUGGCUUCAACGAACUGUGUAACUUCAACCCUCUUCCAAACUACACCCAAGGGUCGUUCAUGCCUGACAGGAGGGGGUGCGAGAUGUACAGGUCGUGGCCUUACGACAGGACCUGCCCAUCGGGCCCAGACCCUGUCACGGGCAAAGGGCGCGCGCCGCUCGGAGGCUGCGACGGCCUCGCGGCCGACGAGCACAGGGCGGCGCUGCCGCCCCCAUGCAGGAGCCGCGAGCGCCCAGAGCCCGGCGCGGGCGCGCGCUCCUCCGCGGCGCCGCUGCUGGGCCGGAGGCGCCCGCCCGCGGCGGGGCCUGGCGAGGAGAGGGCGCGCUGCUCAAGAGGCACGCCGCGAGGGCCGGCGGCGGCACCGCGAGAGGCGCUGACGACAGCGACGCGUCCGACGCCGACGGCGAGGGCUCGGAGGCCGCGGGCGCGGGCCGCCUCCAGGCGAGCUGGGAGGAGCUCCUGCUCUGCAUCGGGGCGGCGCUGGCCGUGGUCUCGGGGGUUUACCUCAUGUUCGUGGCUGCCAGGGUGGACGCCGGGGCCGAGGAGUGCCGCCGUGGUGGCCCUCGUGCUGGCGGUCUGCGCGGCUGGGAGCGGGGUGCUGGCAGGUCGCGCGGCGGCGCUGGCGCUCCUGGACGACAAGGAUCGGGGGCCCGCGUGGGGCUGGAGGCCGGGGACGUGGCGGAGCUCUCUCGCCGACCCUCGUUGCCGCCGAAGCCGACAGCGACGAGGACGGUGGCGAGGCGAGCGAGGAGCCCAGGGCUCCAUGGAGCCCCGACCCCGGCGUGGUCGGCGCCCUGACGUGGUCGAUGCGGGGCGCGGCUGCGGCAGGCGUGCUGCUGCUCCUCGCGGAGCUGUACUGGCUCCUGCUGCAGCAGGCGCGCCCGCAGGUGUACCGCGCGACCAACCUGUUCUGCGACCUGCCCAAGCUCUUCGACCUCGGCCCCGGGUGCCGGCCGGCCGCCGCCCACCACGGCGGCGGCGCCGCCGAGAGCGGCGGCGGCGGCGGCGAGCCCGGCGGCCGCGCCUGGACGGGAUGUCUGAGGACACGGGCCUCGUCGUGCCAGCGAAGCCGCCAGCGGAGCCGCCAGCGCCAGCGCCGACGGAGCCAGCGGAGGCGGACAUGCGGCCGUGCGGCGCGCCCGCGCCCGCGCCGACCUCGGCGCAGGAAGCGGGGGGCGCCGAGCCAGGCCCGGCCGGCGUCUCGAUGCCCUUCUUCGCCCCCGGGCAGUUCCCGGCGAUGAACGUCUGGACGCUGAGGCGCAGGGAGGAGCAGCCCGACAUGCUGGCACCCGCCGGCCGGAGCACCUCCUCCUCCUCCUCCUCCUCCUCCUCCUCGGCGCCGCCGCCACAGCGGCUGCUCCGCCAGCCGCCGCGGCCCAGCGCCGGCGCGCCCGCCCGCGGCCUCGCCGCCCUGGAGGCGGCGCAGGGCUUCUACGACUCUCUCGACCCCGCAGUGGGCAUCGGGGGCACGUCCGCGGCCUGCCGCCGGCUGCGGGAGGUCUGCGCCCGCCCGCGCGGCUGGUCCGUCGACGAGGAGACCGCGUGCGUCUGCUCCGCGCACUGGGAGCCCACCAACGUCUCCGGAUCCCCCUUCGACAGCAGCGACGGCAUCCUGUCGGGGCACGCGGCGCCGCAGCGGCACGCCGAGGUGGCAGGCGGGGCUUACUGCGGGGACUGGUCGGCGGGCGCCCACGAGUCCUGGUGCUUCGUGCGCCGCGGGCAGCGCUGCGGCGGCGCGGAGGUGCACCAGUGCCUCGCCGGGGGCGGCGGCGUCCUGACCAGGUCUUGGUACGACCGAGAAGGGUACGGAAAGAACGGGUACGAAGACCGGUAG